AAGAACAACCUCAUUACCAAGAAGAAUUUUUCCCACAACCAGAGGGGCCAUUGGAGCUGGAGUUACCCAUGGCGGCCUUCACGGGCCAUUCUGCAGAGCCAUGCUACACUCCACAGCCAGAUCCAUACUAUGAAUUGAGACUUCUCAUGGAGCAGUUUGCUCGAGACUGUGAUAGAACAUGCUCCAGGAUGGAUCAUUGUGUCCAGGCCUAUCGUGAAACAGAGGAGAUCCUCCUGAGCCUUAAGAAGAGCAUCGAUGAUCUUGAGCGAUCUUGGGCACAACCUGCUCCAGAUCACCCUUCUGCUACCAUACUAGAAGGGGAGGAGGAAGAAGAAGGCUACAAGGACAUUGUGGAACACACAGAAGUUGUCACGGAGAGCUCCCGUGAUGGUCAUGAUCAGGAAUGUCCUGUCGUAGCCGACCACGCCUUCCCACACCCCAAACUGAGCUUUGAAGAGGCGGGCAUGAGUGAGGAGAUGCAAGAAGAUCUCAUGAAAGAAAUUGCUUGGAAACUUGCUCUCCAAUCCGUGCUAGAAGAAGAAGAGCAAGAAAGGGUGCAGAAAGAAGUUGUGGAGGAUGACGAAAGUGAAGCAGGAGGAGUUCUUGAUCAUUUCCCAGGGGUGAUACCACAUGAACAAGCAAGGGAGGUUGAAGAAGCAAUUGGCGUCCAGGCUGAGGACGAAGUUGAGGUGGAAGAGGCUUGCACCGGCCAUGAGUUACAUUUGAUAUCUCCACCAAACUUCGAGGAACUACUUAGCAAGGAUCCAUUUGCAGUGUCUCUUUGCCAUACCAAGGUCACGUCGACAUCGGUCCCUCUUGGUGGACGCGAUGGUGGUCAAUCGGUGCUGUCAUAUCUGGUUUGGGGCAAUGAGACGAGAGAAGAGAAUAAGAGGUCUCGAGGGUGGAGACUUCAUCUGCAUCAAGUGCACGAGCUUCCAUCUACUGUCAUACCACAUGCUCGUGACUUGAGAUUCCACCUCAUCGACGAGAACCUCAACUUCAAAGAGGUUUUGGGGUGGACCGAAACUUAGGAGCCAUCGUCCGGCUCACGACGUGAAAGAAGCGCUUGUUGGGAGGCAACCCAACCAGUCGGUUUGCAUUUCUUUCUCUUUUUCUCCUCGGUUGAGUCAGUUUUGUUAUUUGAUUUUAGAGUCAAUAAUUCAACCUUUGUGAGAUUUUGUGUGGUGUUUUUGGUCUGACCAUUCUCUCCUCCUGGAAUACGCCGCUUGCCCCGUCCACAAUCAUUCACCCUGGAUCUGGUAACUUCGUUCUACCCUCCUUAUCUUUCCUCCAUUGAGGACAAUGUCGUGCUUAAGUGUGGGGGGAUGUUCGAUUAUGUAUCCGUGUGAAUGUUUGACUGUUUGUGUGCUUGGAGCCUAGUCCACUGUCCAAAUUUCGAUUUGAGGGCUCCAAGUACGUGUUCCUUGCAAUUGCUUGCUCAGUAUGCUUUGAAUUGACAGUCUUUAUAGUAAUAUGCAACCUAGGGAGGUAGUGUAGCACUAUGGAGGAUGUUGAUGCAUUUAAGAAGUCUCAUUUCUUCUUCAUAUUGUGUUGGUUGAUUGAAUGAAUUAGUGAUCUUAGG